GGCGAACAGCAUGCAGGCUUUUGCUGAUGGAGAACCAGAGUCUGACUAAGUGGUGCUACAACCCGACUGUGGGACCUGAGGACGGGGGAGGGGGGCUCUCUGCAGCCCUGGCUGUGUUGUAAAAGAGAACAGAGAGUGAUGUGGAAUCAUUAUGUCAGCCUUAAAUGGCGUUUUGUAGGGAAAGCCCUCUCCAUCUCACAUAGUGCGAAUUAUCACGCCGCAGUGCAAAACACUCAGCUUUUCGCUCGGGCUCGGAGCUGCACUUGAAAGUCAGCAUAAUACGGGCAGGAUUAGCUCUUUCAGCCGCUAACAGGCUCCAAAUAUAUGGCACUUUAAAACUGACAGAGCAGCCUUUCGCUCUGAAUGGGCGACACGUGGAAAAGCUGCUUCUCUGCGAGAGACUUGCUCCUCUGCCAGAUACAUUGCAGUGUCACAUAGCCCUCUUUUUUCUCCCUCCAAACUGAUCCGUUUCUCCUCAGGGGCAAUGACUGCCUCCAUUAAUGAUUCACGGGCUCAAAUAAAAGGGAUUUAAGUUGACGUUGCGUCACGUGAGCAGGGCGCAUAAUACUAGCGCGAUGUUAUGGCACGGGGAAGAAAACCGGAGCCCCGGUCUGGCCAUAUGAUGCUGAUUAUAUGCGGGUUACCCCCACUUUCUGUGAGGGGAGUCCGGGCUUUGUAGUUUGUGUUUAUCGAGGAGCAAAAGCAAAGCAGAGGCAGGCUGACAGAGAGACGAUCCCGCGUUUGUGGAUGUAUUAUACUGCUGUCACGGACGGAUAUGUUUUUCCACGCGGACAGAGUCAGAGCGCGAGCUUUGGGAGGAUGGAUUUUAUUUUGAGAAAUCCAGCCGAGUGAAUUCAGGCCAUCGCGCGGUCUCCGAGACACCUUGAACUGCCUCCGGUUCACCCGAGGAGGCCAUUGGCGGAGAGGCGUCACGUGACCACGGGGUGCCAAUGUUAUUCUACAAGGGUGUCAAGACCCUGUCAGUUUCUGAAAUAAAUAUUGGGAAACGGCGAGAUGCAAAAGGCAACCUACUACGACAGCUCCGCAAUUUACAGUGGCUACCCAUAUCAAAGCGCAAAUGGCUUCAGUUAUGAUGCCAAUCAGGUCCAAUAUCCCCGGGCCUCUCAUGUGGAAAGUGAGUACCAUCGACCUGCCUGCUCCCUGCAGUCUCCUGACGGCUCCGUGGCUCUGCAGAAGCCGGGGGAGAUGGCGGAGAGCUGCGACAGGACCACAGCCAUUCAGGCGGCGCAGUCCAAGGUUCAUCCCGAAAGCAAUCAACCGCAGUUGCCGGUGUCAGGCCCACCCCCUCCCUCGCAAUCCCCCGGUGCUAUCAGCCAAAACACAAGCAACGGGUCCAGCCAGCCCAGCGCCAAGAACGGCUCCCCGACCUCUGCUGCUCGCGGCAAACACAUCUUCCCCUGGAUGAAGGAAUCCCGUCAGAACACCAAGCAGAAACCCGCCAGUAGCUCCAGUUCAGUGGAGAGUUGCCCCGGAGACAAGAGUCCUCCGGGGUCAGCAGCAUCGAAGAGGGCCCGGACAGCUUACACCAGCGCACAGCUAGUGGAGCUGGAGAAGGAGUUCCACUUUAACCGGUACCUCUGCAGACCCCGGAGGGUGGAGAUGGCCAACCUGCUCAACCUCACAGAGAGACAGAUCAAGAUCUGGUUCCAGAACCGCAGGAUGAAAUACAAGAAGGAUCAAAAGGGCGUCGGGAUGAUGCCUUCCCCUGGCGGACAGUCUCCUCGGAGUCCCGUGGGCCCGACCUCCGGUGGUGGAGGCGGAGGAUACCUCAACUCUAUGCAUUCUCUUGUAAACAGUGUACCUUAUGACUCCCAGUCGCCGACGUCUUACAAUAAACCUCAUCAAAACGCAUACGGUAUGGCCACGUCAUAUCCCCCUCCGUUGAACAGCUCCCUCAACAACUGCCCGCCCUCCCAGAAGAGGUACCCCGGGACCGACUCGGCCACGCCCGAGUAUGACGCGCAUCCUCUCCAAGGCAAUGGCAACUACGGGACGCACAUGCAGGGCAGCCCUGUUUAUGUCGGCGGAGGUUACAUCGACUCAAUGCCCAAUUCUGGGACCUCCGUUUUCGGUCUGACCCACCUCCCGCACCCACCGUCCACAAACAUGGACUACAAUGGAGCAAUCACAAUGGGCAACAGUCAGCACCACGGAGUGUGUGAUCCGACACCGACGUACACAGACCUAACGCCGCACUACUCUCAGGGAAGAAUCCAGGAAGCGCCCAAACUGACGCAUCUGUAGCGGUGGCGCAGCCCGGAUCACUCCGCCCAUUGUCUUAUCCACCUCCAGACACAUUACUGCUUUGUUUCCGCGCCUCCUCACGGCUUCCACCUUCUCUCUGCCUUUGUUUAUGUUCUCUAUAGUUUGAUGUGUGAAGUAGCGUAGGAUAAAUAAUCACGACUUGCUUGAAUUUUUUCUCUAUUUGCUCGUGUCAUUGUCUCACGAAGACCUUUAUCUGGGCUGUAGAGCGGGAGGGAGGGGGGCACAGUAUAUGCAUAGGCCUAUUUAAUCUUUUUUUUUCUUUUUUUUUUUCUUUUUAAUCUUGUGUUAAUUGAAACUCAAACAGGGUAUUAUGAACAUAUGUUAUUCAUUUGAAUGUGAAUUUGUCCGUCUUUUAUUUAUCCGCAGUUGAAGAAUUGUUGUCGUUUUGUUUUUAUUGCAUUUUGUUGCACUUGUGAAAGGAUCCUUCAAGAAGAGCCACGAGCUGGGAUUUAUGAGGGGAAUACAUUUUCAGAAACACACGGCAGCCUCCCUUGCUUUGUGUUGUUCUAUUGGACUUCCUGAUGUUAUUUAUUUUGUUCGGUGUAAAGAUAAAAGAGUCCUUUAGUAUUAUUUGACACCUCUGCGAUCUUUGUGUGGGGAGAAGGUUUGCUGGAAAAUAAGCGUCUCGGCCAUUUUCUUGCCCAUACAUGCAGCUCCUCCUCAGCAGCAGCAGCAGCAGCAGCAGCAGCAGCUCGUUGCUCUCACAGGCUAUGUUUCCAUUUUUACUUCUUCGAGGAGGUGUUUUUUUUUCUUUUUUUUCCCUCCCCCCUCAGCGAAUGUAAAGUCAAUCAGUCAUGCAAUAAGGGUGGAAAGAAGGACACACGUUAGCAGUUUCUUUAUUGAAGAAAUUAAAAAAAAAAAAAAAACAGACAUCAUCUUUUUUUUAUUUUUAUUUUUUCCUUUCUUGAUGUCACACAUUCCAUGCUGCUCCAGUUCGAAGAGAUAAAUAAAAAGAAUUGAAAAUAUAAACGCAGCAAAAACCUCGUAGUUUUAAUUUGGACACAUCGGAAAUUAAACCCGGGACAAUUUCUUGAAUAAAAAAAAUGUCAAAAUAUAUUUCCAGUUUUUGCAUUUUUUACGUUUUAUUAUUGUUGUCAUAUUAUUCAUGACGGUGCAGAACUGAAGAGGUGAUCAUACAAAAUAUACAAACACAUUUUUUUUAUACCAUUGUAAAUUAGAAAUACGAGAGAAGGCUGAUAAAUAAAAUGUAAAGCAGUCAAACAAAAUAAAGCGUUCGUGAAAUUGGUAAAUCCAACACAAAUUACAGUGAAACCAGAUGCAUAUUUAAUAUAUUUAAUAUGAACAUUAGAAAAAUAAAAUGGCCGUAAAUUCAAAUGUUGAAUAAACACUAAUUGAUUAUUUUUUUCUUUUCCUUCCUCUUGAUUCGAGGUGAAGUAAAGCUCUCGGUGGCCUUCCUCCUCUCCUCUCCUCUCCUCCUCCUCUGCAUCCAUAAUAAUAAGAAAAAUGUCACCCGGGUCCUUCAUGGAGAUUCUGCAAGAAGACAACAAGCUAAAAUGAGAAAUCGUUUGAAAAAUAACUCCUCGAUUAUUGUUCAGUCAGUCACAAAGCGGUCAGGAAGGGACGCAGGCUGAUCUGGGAUCGUAACGGGGUUUAAUUUGUGUCACCAGCUCGGUCCUGUGGAUGGUUGUAGAAACUCGAAUAGAAAUGUGUGUUUCUGUGUGCGUGUGUGAUGAAGGGCCUGCAUGGAAGUGAUUAUCCAUGUUGGUAAAACUCUAAAUUAUUUUAAUUGUUUGCAGUCAAUUGUUAUCAUUUCUUGAUUUUAUAUAUAUAAAAAACACACAUGGAGCGAAGGAGCUGACAUUAAUUUGUGAAUCUAAUUUAUUUCAGGAAGUAAAUGCACGAGAUUUUUUUCCCCAGCAUUCUCAAACACUCUUCUACAUUUCUCCUCAAACUACCUGAACCCUGUUUUUUGUUUCGUGUUUACUCUCCAUGCUUUGUUACGCCUUUGUGCAUCUGUGCUAUUAUUUCUUCUCACUGAUUUUACACCAAGAAAUGAUUUUCAGGCUGAUCUGAUUGAUAUGAGAGGGCAUGAACAUUAGCAGCCCUGACAUAUGGUUAGCAGGGAAGCCUAGAACAAUUGAACCAUGGUGUGUCACAGUAGCAAAAAAAAAAAAAAAAAAAA